AUGGCGGCGGUCACAGCGGUCGCAAGUGCCCAGGCUGGUGCCCGCUUUGGGGACCGACUUGCACCACGCGUGCCUGCCGCCUACGCGCCGCGCAACGCGCCCUCUGCCCAGCACUUCGCCGACAAUGACUAUGAAGAUUACGAACAAAACUCUAAGGAACAAAACCUCUCAACUAAAGAAGAAGAAGAUCUCCAUAAACUGGCCCAGAGACCGCGCCUUCCUGCUCGUACAGAAGCACACCGGCUAGAGAUGAGCACUGAAUUUUUCGUUAUUCCCGCGCGUAGUUCAUCGAUACCACCUCCAUCGACAUCGACGGCAGUGACACCAACGCCAAGACCGAAUCGAACUCUCAUAAUCGCACCAACUUCUACAAGCGUAGGAGCCCUCAGGUCAGAAUCCUGGGCGGUUCCUAUAUUAGCGUUGGCUUGCGUAAGUAUGGUGACACUCGGAGCCUUUGAGGCAUUUGUGAUAUGGGGAGCGAGCCGUAAGGCCCCAAGUCAUCGUUAUCUGCUGUUGGGACAGACGUUAUUAUUUGGACUAUUCACGUGCGCGGCUACAGCAGCAUUGUUCGCAACCACACCGACCCCGUUCACGUGUGGAGCUGUACGUUUUGGAACGGGGGUUGCGUAUGUUAUCGUGUUUGCUUCAUUACUCGUCAAAUGUGUAUUCUUACUGAGUUUAAAUGGUGGUGUAUAUUUGCCAGCAGCAUACCAAGGACUGUUAUUAUUUUUUGCUGUUAUGAUACAAGUGGCAAUUGGUGCUCAGUGGCUCGGCGGCUCACCUCCAAAAGUUGCGAGUGGCGGAGGUAAAUGCGACGUAUACAUGUCGGAUUUUCUACUUUCGCUGUGUUAUGCAGCCUUCCUCAUCGCCGUAGUGUGUGCUGUCGCACUGCGAUCUCGUGGUAUACGUGACAACUACCGCGAAGCUACACACAUCGCGGGUGCAGGUGGUGCAACGGCAGCGAUAUGGGUGUGUUGGGUGGCAGCGGCGUUAGGCGCACCCGAGCAUCACCGUGACGCGUGCGUAGCCGCCGGCUUGCUUGCCACUUGCGCGGUGGUGUUCGCACUCAUGUUCGGGCCAAAGGGUCGAAGAUUAGCUGCACUAGGCCGCGAAGGCCGAUGGGACGCAGAUCGUGAUGAGGGUUUGAGCUCGCUGGGGGCUGGCGGUUCCGGCUACUCACCCUCAUUCUUCCACUUCAAACCGGUGAAGUACGGCAUGGUGUCAGCGGCGGCGGUAGUGCCGCCCCCGCCUCCUGUGCUCGACCGUAAGGAGCCUGCUCAGCCAGCCGAUUAUGGAGCCCUGUUCGCGAACUCGCCGCACCCGCACUCACGCGCCCUGUACUCUCCGCCGCACUACACAAUGCACCCACUAAUGCUAAAUUACCACUACAAUUACCCGCCCUAUCCUUAUCUUUUACCGCCAGGCGUGAUGGUGCGUCCGGAGGAGGGCAACGUGUACACGAGCGUGGAGCCCACCUUCAGCAGCAACCCCAACGUGUACUUCCAGCGAACGGAACCGUUGCACGUCGGCAUGAUGUACUGA